GGGUGUCAGCGGGGAGUCAUGAAGAGGAGUGGCACACCAGUGUGGGACAGAAGGAGCUACAGGCCCCCUCCCACAUUAAAGAGGAGCAGCUUCAUGAUGAAGAUGAAGCUCAGUCCUUACAGCUUCAUCACAGUCAAAGUGAGGAGAACAGAGGGGCGGAGCUUGUAAGUCAACACAUCACAGAAGCUGAUGGAGAGCAUUGUGAAGAUAUCAAGUCAGAACCAGACAGCAUCUUUGCUCCACUGUCAGACAUGGACCACAUGAUGUCACACUCUUCUGAUCACAGUGACCACAUCCAAAAACCUUUGGAGAGUAAAAAUGACUCUGAAGGUGAUACGAGACAUCACACUAACAACAAACACUUUGACUGCUCUGAAUGUGGGAAAUCAUUUAGACUGAAGACUAAUUGUACAGUACACAUGAGAACACAUACUGGAGAGAAACCUUUUACUUGCUCCGUUUGUAAGAAGAGCUUCUCCACAAAGCAAAGCAUGACCACACACAUGAGAACACACACUGGAGAGAAACCUUUUGCUUGCUCAGCUUGUGCUAAAAGAUUCAACAAAAAGAAUGACAUGAUAUUACACAUGAGAACACACACAGCCCGCUAACAGCCAAGGACUUCAAGGAACUCAACGCAGAUAAGACGACAACACGCAGACGAAGCAGAGACUUGAAGGACCUCAAUGAAGAUAAGAUGACAACACGCAGACGAAGCGGAGACAAGGCGAAAUCACAAGGCCCCCACCACAUUCUGUCACGUGUUGUGCGUCCUGGACCUGCUUUGCAUAAUAUA